ACACUAAAUCACUAAGCCAGAUUAUGCCAUAAAUGACUAUACAGAUCCGAUGGAAUUAAAUAUCCUUUUAUUAAAUUGGAGUGACUUUUUUUUUAGGGGGCAUGUAUUAUUUAAGUAUUAUUAAAUAAUAUAUUUGCACAAAAAAUAAUUUAUAUUGUCUAUUAUUGAAUUAAACUCACGUCUACGUCUUGAGAGGAGAAAAUAAAUAAAUAAAUAAUAAAAUAUAAAACUGCCUUUUGCAUUUAGUGCAUUCUUAUCUCCACAACUUUUUAUAUUUGCAUUCCAAAAAAGGUAAAAUUGUACUAUUUAUUUUCUUUGGAUAUAAAAUCGUACUAAAUUCAAAUAGUAAUCACUACGUAUUUAAUAUUUAUCGCUUUAUUUAUUCAAUUCAAAUAUAUAAUCUUAUUAUCAAAAAUUGACUAAAUUUCCACGGCAUUGCAUUUGAAAUUUGUAACCAAAAGAACAAUAAUUAAUUCUUAAGGAUUACAAUUUAAAUGGUACUAAAAUUUGUAAUCCAGGAUUAGAUAUUAAAAUAAAUCCAUUAAAUAAUUUUUUUGUAUACAUAUAUAGGCGAAAUAUGUAAUUUGGUUGAAAUUCAUGCAUUUCUCUUAUUAUAUAUCAAAUUUUUGUAGAGAUAUAGAAUCACAUUAUAUAAUAGCUUCACCUCUAUAAAAAAAAUCAUUUCACUUACUAAACAAAUUUAUUUUUCUCGAGAAUAUCUUAAAUAAAUAAAAUAAUAAUAAAUAAAAUUUCUCUCUUGCAUUUCCGGUAAUAACGAGGAGAAAAAUGUCACUGUGGAAAUUAAAAUUGCAUAAGGGGGGUAAUUCUGUAAAAUCGCAGCAACACAAUUGGUUGAAUAACAUACAGGUGGAACAAAUCCAAAAAAUGGCACUUGAAAACAGUCGUCGUCUUUCUUCCCCCUUUACUACAGCCAGCCAUUAUUUUACUGUGUUCCCUAAUAUACCCCUGACUGAGAAACAAGCCAAAAAAAUGCAACUAAAAACACACACACACACAGUAAGUCAUAACAUUCCACCUCCUCAUCACACAGUCUAAGAACAAAACCCUUUCAAUUUUGCCCAAAUCCACUUGAAUUUAAUCUCAUUUCAAUCAAAAUUGGAUUUCACGAAUCUUGAAAUCACAAAUUCCCCAAGUCAAAACGCUUUUUGACACAAAUUUUUUCUUGUUUCAAUCUAUAAAUAGGGGCAUACAUUUCAAUUGUUUAUUUCACAGUCAGUUGAGAGCUUGAAUUGAAGAGCAAUGUCAAGUAACGGAGGGUAUUCGGCGGCGCCGCCGAGGCAGGGCGGCGAUAGGUUUUACAACCCGCCGGCGGUUAGGCGCCACCAGUUCAUGCUUUUAGAGCAGCAAAUGAUGCAGAGGCAGCUGCUCCAACAACAACAUCAGCAACAACAACUGCAGAGGAGGCCGAUGGAGAGGCCGGAAUCUUCUUCCGAGGCGGAGGCCGGGAGGCGGAACGACGGUGAUGAUUCGUCGCCGGUGGUGCCAUUGUAUCCGCAGCGUUAUGUUGGCCCUGGUCCGACUUUUAAUUUUACCAACUUGGAUCGUUUAAUGGAAUCUGUUACUCCAUACGUACAGGCGCGGCAUUUGCCGGAGGUGGAUGCAAGAGGACGGAGAACGCGGGAAGUGGAUUCUCUUCCUUUUUUUUACUUGGAGGAUCUGUGGGAAUCUUUUUGCGAGCGAAGUGUUUAUGGAGCCGGAGUACCUUUAGUGUUAAAUGGGAAGGACCGAUUUAAACAAUAUUAUGUUCCAUUUUUGUCAGGCAUACAGUUGUACAUUGACCCGUCACAGCGGUCUUCUCGAGCUAGAGAAUUGAACGAGGAGGUUGAUGCUGAGUCAUAUAGGUUGACAAAUAGUGGUGGCAGCAGUAACUCAGUAGGAGAUAGGAGAACUUUACCCAUUUUCAAUUUGAACAUGCAGCGACCGAAUAGGGUCUCGCUGGAAGAUAAUUAUGCCAUAGGUUCAGUUACUUCUGGAUAUGAUACUUCUACUUCACCUGGACGUCCUUCGUUUCAAUUCUUGGAAGACGAACAACCUCGUAAUCGCAGACCACUAUCCGACAAGAUAUCGAUACUUGCAUCCCGAUAUCCCGAGCUGAUCAAAUGCAGGAGCUGUGAUCUACUUCCUGCAAGUUGGAUUUGUGUAGCUUGGUAUCCAAUUUAUAGGAUUCCGAUGGGCCCAACACUAAAAGAUCUCGAUGCUUCUUUUUUGUCAUUUCAUUCUUUGUCUACCCAACCGAGACUUCGCUACCCACCUCGGUUCCAUGCUGCGAAUACUAGAGUAGAUCGAGGCUUUGUCGAUCCAAUGGCUAGGAUUUCAUUACCAGGGUUUGGCCUUGCUUCAUACAAGCUGAAAGGAUCGAUCGUAAGUCCUAGUGGACCCUACGAAUGCGAGCAAGAGACUUCUCUCUUACAUGCUGCGGACAAUUGGCUCAGAUGUUUGGAUGUUGCUCUACCUGAUUACGAUUUUUUCCGUUCUCACUACCCUCGCCAGCUCAGAUGACGUGGACCCCCACAACUCAAUAAAAAAAACGUUUUUGGAAACCACCGGUUUUAGAAAAGCCUAUUCGCUCCACCACCAAAAUUCCUGGUAAAUGUGUUGUGCAGUGUUGUUUAAAGAGCUUUUCCAGUGUUGUUAGUAUGUAAAAUUCCUUGAAAAAAGGAAUUAUUAUUAGUAUUAAUAUAAUUCCCAAAAUAGAAGAAGUAGGAUAAAUGAUGAGGUUUUCGGAAGAGAUUAUACUAUCAAGUUUUAACAUUAGUUUAACAUGGGAGAAUGGUUGAUGAUAUAUUAGUAUAGUUGUUCAAUAGGGGUAUUAUGGUAAAAUUGUCCAUGAUAGUGGCGAAAAAUAGAAACAUAUGUAACAUGUGCUUUUAGAAUGGAUGUUAUUCCUAACUCUUAUAAAGCCUUUAUAAAAUUUGUUUUUGGAACUAAAUAUUUUAUUUUAUUGCUGUUCA